AUGGCUUCAGACAUCCCUGGCUCAGUGACGUUGCCCGUCGCCCCCAUGGCAGCCACUGGACAGGUGAGGAUGGCGGGGGCCAUGCCCGCCCGAGGAGGAAAGCGGCGAUCCGGAAUGGACUUUGAUGAUGAAGAUGGCGAAGGUCCCAGCAAGUUUUCAAGAGAGAACCACAGUGAGAUCGAGAGGCGGCGGCGGAACAAGAUGACUCAGUACAUCACCGAACUCUCGGACAUGGUCCCCACGUGCAGUGCGCUGGCCCGGAAGCCCGACAAGCUCACCAUCCUGCGCAUGGCCGUCUCUCACAUGAAGUCCAUGCGGGGCACCGGGAACAAGUCCACGGACGGCGCCUACAAGCCUUCGUUCCUGACGGAACAGGAACUGAAGCAUCUCAUCCUUGAAGCGGCUGAUGGGUUUCUGUUUGUAGUGGCAGCAGAGACGGGCAGAGUGAUCUACGUGUCCGACUCUGUCACCCCUGUGCUGAAUCAACCCCAGUCAGAGUGGUUCGGGAGCACCCUCUAUGAGCAGGUGCAUCCUGACGACGUGGAGAAGCUGAGAGAGCAGCUGUGCACCUCAGAAAACUCAAUGACAGGCCGGAUCUUGGACCUGAAGACCGGGACAGUCAAGAAAGAAGGGCAGCAGUCAUCCAUGAGGAUGUGCAUGGGUUCCCGGAGGUCCUUCAUCUGCAGGAUGAGGUGUGGAAAUGCUCCUUUGGACCAUCUUCCUCUAAACAGACUAACCACCAUGAGGAAGAGGUUCAGGAAUGGCCUUGGCCCUGUGAAGGAAGGAGAAGCCCAGUAUGCUGUGGUCCACUGCACAGGCUACAUCAAGGCUUGGCCACCAGCAGGAAUGACUAUACCUGAAGAAGAUGCCGAUGUGGGACAAGGCAGUAAAUAUUGCCUGGUGGCAAUUGGACGACUCCAGGUGACCAGCUCUCCUGUGUGCAUGGACAUGAGUGGGAUGUCAGUGCCCACGGAAUUCUUAUCACGGCAUAACUCUGAUGGGAUCAUCACGUUUGUGGACCCAAGGUGCAUCAGUGUGAUUGGCUACCAGCCUCAGGAUCUUCUAGGAAAGGACAUUUUGGAGUUCUGCCACUCCGAGGAUCAGAGCCAUCUUCGGGAGAGUUUCCAGCAGGUGGUGAAGCUGAAAGGCCAAGUGCUGUCGGUCAUGUAUCGGUUCCGCACCAAGAACCGCGAGUGGGUGUUGAUCCGCACCAGCAGCUUCACCUUCCAGAACCCUUAUUCCGAUGAGAUAGAGUACAUCAUCUGCACCAACACCAACGUCAAGCAGCUCCAGCAGCAGCAGGCAGAGCUGGAAGUGCACCAGAGAGACGGGCUGUCAUCGUACGACUUGUCCCAGGUGCCUGUCCCCAACCUACCAGCUGGAGUUCAUGAUGCAGGGAAGUCCGUGGAGAAGGCAGAUGCAAUCUUUUCCCAGGAAAGAGAUCCGCGGUUUGCCGAAAUGUUUGCAGGAAUCAGUGCAUCGGAGAAGAAGAUGAUGAGCUCAGCUUCUGCGGCAGGAACACAGCAGAUCUACUCCCAAGGAAGCCCGUUCCCUGCUGGACACUCGGGAAAGGCCUUCAGCUCUGCCGUGGUGCAUGUGCCUGGAGUGAACGACAUCCAGUCCUCAUCCUCAACAAGUCAGAACAUGUCCCAGAUCUCCAGGCAGCUCAACCAGAGUCAGGUGGCCUGGACAGGAAGCCGGCCGCCCUUUCCAGGACAGCAAAUCCCCUCGCAGUCCAGCAAGACUCAGUCUUCUCCCUUUGGGAUCGGAACGAGCCACACAUAUCCCGCAGACCCCUCGUCCUACAGCCCUCUCUCCAGUCCGGCUACCUCCUCACCCAGCGGGAACGCCUACUCCAGCCUGGCCAACAGGACUCCAGGCUUCGCUGAGAGCGGACAGAGUAGCGGGCAGUUCCAAGGGCGGCCCUCGGAAGUUUGGUCGCAGUGGCAAAGCCAGCACCACGGACAGCAGAGCGGUGAGCCGCACUCCCACCAGCAGCCCGGUCAGACUGAAGUGUUCCAGGACAUGCUGCCCAUGCCCGGAGAUCCAACCCAGGGGACCGGCAACUAUAACAUUGAAGAUUUUGCCGACCUGGGCAUGUUCCCGCCGUUUUCGGAGUAG